AUGGAAAGCGCAGAUCAACUGGGGUUGUCCGUCGCGUUUCAAGAGGCGCAAGAUGGGUACAAAGAAGGAGGAAUCCCUAUCGGCGCUGCCCUGGUUCGGGUUCGGGAUGGUAUGGCGGAUGUCCUAGCCUCGGGACGUAAUUUACGCCUUCAAAAGUCGUCGGCGACAUUGCACGGUGAAACAUCAGCGCUAGAGAAUGCGGGAAGGUUGCCUGUUGAGGUUUACAGAGAAUGUACCAUGUACACGACGCUGAGCAUGUGCUCCGGCGCCAUAUUGCUUUACAAAAUCCCUCGAGUCGUUAUUGGAGAAAACGCGAACUUUAAGGGUGAAGAAGAAUUGCUGCGCAGCCGUGGUGUGGAUGUUCUCGUGGUAGAUGAUGAAGCGUGCAAAACGUUGAUGGCUAGAUUCAUCAAAGAGAAGCCACAGGAAUGGUAUGAAGACAUCGGAGAGAUGUACUAG